CUUUCGUCAAUUCAGUCAAUGCACGCCCUUCGUCGUAGUUUGGCGCUGUCAUCCAGGCAGGCUUUCCUGCCUACCCGUGUCGCCAUCGUGCCUCUAGCAUUGAGUCAGACCAGGCAUUUUAGGCGACCCGAACAAACUUCGUUUGAGGAUCCGGAACGGCGUGGUCUUUACUAUCAUCUCGUUGGCGCCACCACCAACAAGGAAUUAUCCUCAUAUGCUGUUUCGUUCCUUGAAGAGCCACCCAGAAAUGUAUCGUCUCCCACCAUACUUGGGAUACUCCCUGCUGUCUCAUCGGAAGGCGAAGAAAGCCAAGAAGCUGGGCUUCAUGAUUUUCAGCCCAAUUCGAAGUUCCUCGAUAUCCUGCAUGACUCGAUUAAGGUUUCCCUGGAGCGUGACACUGACGAGACGAUUCGGGCCGAGGCUCAACAACGAGGAUCAGGGUGGAUGCAUGUCAUAGACUCUCGCAACGUACCUGCGCUGAAUCGUACAGGAGAUGCAGAUGACAUCAUUGGCACUGUUCGAGUUGAAGACGGCAAGGUUAUUCCCUCUACUUACGAACGUAUGCCGUCCUACAGAAUCUGUACAUCUGAUGGCUUGACCACGCUAUCAGACGGCCUCGCUUCGACGCUUGUUGGAAAACUUCUCGAGACUCAUCGCCAUGAAAGACUUGAACCCUGACACCUGUUCACCGAUAAACUGAUAUGAAACUUCAGAACCAAAAUGGACGUUAGCAUGCCACCGCCCUCUAUUCAUUCUUGUCAUUCUAAAGAACUACACAACGUAAUGUAAUUGUGUGCCUCGUACGAG